CCAUAUAAAUAUGGAAGCAAAGGAGCUCAGAAAGCUCAUCUUUUGUGAAUUGUUCUUGGAUUGGAGAAAACUGAAGAGAAGCAACAACCAUGAAGAAGAGCACCAUGUCUUCUCCUCAUCCAUACCAGUCUCCGGUAAUUGUCGACGAGAAAGACGAAGCCAAAAGCUUUAGAGUGGAAAAAGUUGGAGCUUCAAGGUCUCAUGCUAUGGAAAAUGGCAAGGAGGAAGCACCAAAGAAUAAGCUAGAGAGGAAGUCAACUGAAGACAUCAACGAAAGCGCAGAGGCGUUCAUCAAGAAGUUCAGGAAGCAGCUUUUGAUCCAAAGGCUUGAGUCGAUUGAGAAUUAUGAGCAAAUGCUUGCGAGGGGCCUCUAAAUGAUGUACUCUUCCUCCAUUAUUUACUUGCACUAUAUUGUCAUAAUGUUAUGCACGUAUUAAAUUAUAUAUGAGAUUGUUUAUUUAUUUGUUCU